ACAUGGAACAAGGAAGAAACUGACUAAAAAUGGGGAAACAAGAGAAGAUCCUCAGGAAAAUGACGAUUGUGCUGAGAAUUCGAAGUAUUCUGAUAAAGCAAUGCCUGGCUGAAUGUUUGGGAACUCUAAUUCAUACAAUGCUUAGCUGUGGAGCAAUAGCACAAUUUACACUCAACUGUGGCACACACAAAGAAUUUCAGUCCGUAACUUUUGUAAUUGGAUUUGCUGUAGCACUGGGCAUAUUGGUAACCAGUAAAGUGUCAGGAGCUCACCUGAAUCCAGCAGUGACCUUUGCUUUGUGCUUGCUUGCUUGUGAGCCUUGGUUAAAAUUCCCCUUCUUCUUUAUGGCCCAAACAAUAGGUGCCUUUCUUGGAUCAGGAAUAAUGUUUGGAUUAGGAUAUGAUAAAUUGUGGCUUCAUGAUAAUAAACAGCUAACAGUUAUUGGACCAAACUCGACUGCUGGGAUAUUUACAACUUUUCCACUUGAACAUGUGAGUGCACUCAAUGGCAUUUUUGAUCAGGCAACUGGAACUGCAGCUCUCAUAUUUUGUAUCCUUAUCAUUGUGGAUCCUUUGCACACCCCAGUGCGAACAGGGCUGGAAGCCUUUACCAUUGGCUUAGUAGUUCUGAUUAUUGGCUGGUCAAUGGGUUCAAACUCCCAGUACUCACUAAAUCCUGCCAGGGAUAUUGGACCUCGCUUGUUUACAGCAAUUGCUGGUUGGGGAUCUGAAGUUUUCACUGCUGGAAGCCAUUGGUUUUGGAUCCCGCUUGUCAGCCCAAUCAUUGGUGCCAUUUUGGGUGUUUUGAUGUACCAGUUCAUUGUUGGAUUACGUGUUGAUGCAAGAAAUGGCUGCUCAUCCAAUGCAGAACAAAAUGAAAAAUCAGUGAGCCAGAAAACGAAGGGAAGGUGCUGAUGAAUAGACACUGCAUGUAUUCUCUGAAGAAUUUGUCUUAAUAACCUUCAGCAUAUUUUACAUUUGUUUAUUUACUCCAAAAUCACGAUCUCUUUGAACUUUGCAUUUCUUUUCACGUGUUAUGUAUAUUUUCAAUCAUUUUAUUAGCCAUAGAAUAAAAUUUUAUAACUUUCUAAUACUUGAUGAAAAACAGAAAAAUAUGCCAGGCAAUAGAUCUCUUCAAAUUUUCAAUAUCUCUGAAUGUACGUAUAAUGCUAUUUUGUACAUUUUAUUUUGAACAGAUUAAA